UGGUUUUGGAAAGCAAGAAAAGGAAGAGAGAAACACUUUCUAGUACAGAGAAGUGGGGUGCCAAUAAUAUUCUUACUGUUGUCUGUUUUCCAAGAAAAGGAGGAGGGAUGAGUUGGGGUUCAGAUAGUAAGACGGAGGUCAUGAAGAAGAAGAGAAGUAGUGGGUCUGUUCGAUCCAUUUUCAUGCACGCCGAUUCCCAAGACUGGUUUUUGAUGGCGCUUGGUGUGUUGGGGUCUUUCGGUGACGGCUUCACCGGUCCUAUUGUGUUGUUUAUCAGUAGCCGCUUGAUCAACAAUAUUGGAGGGGCCUCGUCUCGGAUGGAUGUAACUGCCUUUGUUCAUAACUCUAAUGAGAAUGCGGUGGCUUUAUUAUAUUUGGCUUGUGGGUCAUUCUUAGCGUGCUUCCUCGAGGGAUAUUGUUGGACGAGGACAGGAGAGAGACAAGCAGCGAGAAUGAGAUCCAGGUACUUGAAAGCAAUGCUGAGACAAGAAGUUGCAUACUUUGAUUUACGAGUCACAACCACGUCCGAGGUUACCACCAGCGUCUCUAACGAUAGCAUCGUAAUUCAAGAUUUUCUUAGCGAAAAGGUUCCAAAUUUGCUGACAAAUCUCUCUAUGUUCGUUGCGAGCUACGUUGUGGCCUUUUCAAUGUUCUGGAGAUUGGCUAUCGUAGCCUUACCUUUCGUAGUUCUUCUAGUAAUCCCUGGUUUAAUUUACGGAAGGACUUUAACGGGGCUGGCUAGCAAGAUUAGGGACGAGUACAACCAGGCCGGUGCAAUAGCAGAGCAAGCAAUAUGUUCCAUCAGAACCGUCUAUUCCUUUGUUGGGGAAACCAAAACCACAGCUGCUUUCUCCUCUGCAUUACAGGGUUCAGUCAAGCUAGGUCUAAAACAAGGCUUGGCUAAAGGCUUAGCCAUAGGAAGCAACAGUAUUGUGUUCGUCAUAUGGUCCUUCAUUUGCUAUUAUGGUAGCAGACUCGUCAUGUACCAUGGCGCUCAAGGUGGCACCGUUUUCACCGUUGGAGCAGCCAUGGCUCUCGGAGGAUUAUCGCUGGGAGCUGGUUUAUCCAACGUGAAGUACCUCUCGGAAGCAAGUUCGGCAGGGGAACGAAUAAUGGAGGUGAUAAAGAGAAUCCCCAAGAUUGAUUCAGAGAACACGGGAGGUGAGAUUCUGGACAGAAUUCACGGGGAAGUGGAGUUCGAUCGCGUAGAGUUUGCAUACCCGUCGAGGCCGGACAGCAUUAUCCUGAAGGAUUUCAGUGUGAAGAUUCCGGCGGGGAAGACGGCAGCACUGGUGGGCGGGAGUGGGUCAGGGAAGUCGACGGUGAUAUCACUUUUGCAGAGAUUUUACGACCCAAUGGGAGGAGAAAUACGGGUGGACGGGGUGGGAAUUAAGAGGUUGAACCUAAAGUGGAUGAGAUCGCAGAUGGGACUGGUGAGCCAAGAGCCGACACUGUUCGCGACAAGCAUUAAAGAGAACAUACUAUUUGGGAAAGAGGACGCUACUGAAAAUGACAUUGUGGAGGCUGCCAAAGCUUCCAAUGCUCAUGAUUUCAUUUCUCAGUUGCCUCUGGGAUACGAUACCCAGGUGGGGGAACAAGGGAUUCAAAUGUCAGGAGGACAAAAACAGAGGAUUGCUAUUGCGCGAGCAAUUAUCAGAAAACCACAAAUCCUCCUCCUCGAUGAAGCAACAAGUGCUCUAGACACUGAGUCUGAACGAGUUGUCCAAGAAGCUCUAGGCAAUGUAAUUGGACGCACUACCAUCAUCAUUGCUCAUCGCCUGUCCGCCAUUCGGAAUGCUGACGUGAUUGUCGUUCUCCAAAAUGGGAGCCUUAUGGAAAUGGGAUCACAUGAUGAGCUCAUGAAAAAUGAAAAUGGGCUUUACACCUCUCUAGUUCGCCUCCACCAAACAGAGAAGUCUAGAAUGACUCAAGAAGAUGCUGCCACCUCUACCUCUUCUGCUGUAUCAGAUAGGGACAUAAACAAUACUAGCAGUCGAAGACUAUCUCUUAUGACUCAAUCUAACUCUACGAAUUCAUUAGUACAAGGUCGAGUUUCCAAUGCCGAUGAAGAAACCGAUGCUGCUGCAGAAGAGAAGAGACCCCCUAUUCCCUCUUUUCGAAGGUUGCUUGCCCUAAAUCUCCCAGAAUGGAAGCAAGCUACUUUAGGGUGUUUUAGUGCGUUUCUGUUUGGUGCAAUUUACCCAUUAUUCUCAUUCUCAAUGGGGUCCAUGGUUUCUACAUUUUUUUUGACAGACCAUGACGAGAUCAAAAAGAAGAUGAAGGUUUAUGCGUUUUGUUAUCUGGGUUUAUUAGCGUUCUCAAUGAUUACCAGCAUAAUCCAGCAUUAUAAUUUUGCUUACAUGGGAGAAUACUUAACCAAAAGGAUAAGAGAGAUAACAUUUUCAAAGAUACUCACAUUUGAAGUUGGUUGGUUCGAUCAACCUGAAAAUACAAGUGGUGCGGUUUGGUCUAGACUGGCAAAAGAUGCUAGUGCGGUGAGGUCUCUAAUAGGAGACAGAAUAUCCCUGCUGAUACAGACUUUCUCCACGGUUAUAAUUGCUUGCACAAUGAGCCUGGUGAUUUCAUGGAGGUUUGCCAUUGUUAUCAUAGCCGUUCAACCCCUUAUUGUGGUCAGCUACUACACUAGGAAGGUCUUACUCAAGAGCAUGACCAAGAAGGCCACUAAGGCGCAGGAUGAAUGUAGCAAGCUAGCUGCAGAAGCUGUUUCGAACCUUCGUAUUGUUGCAGCCUUCUCUUCCCAUGACCGGAUCCUCAAAAUGCUUGAAAAAUCCCAAGAAGGCCCAAGGCAGGAGAAUCUUAGACAAUCUUGGUUUGCUGGUAUUGGCCUUGCUUUCUCUCAAAGCGUCACAGCUUGUACUUGGGCCUUAGACUUUUGGUAUGGGGGAAAGCUGAUGUCCAUUGGUCUUAUCAAAGCUGAAGCACUAUUUCAAACGUUCAUGGUACUAAUGGGCACAAGCCGUGUCAUUGCAGAUGCAGGAAGCAUGACAUCUGACCUUGCCAGAGGUGCAGAUUCUUUGGGCUCCCUUUUUGCAAUUCUCGAUCGCUCCACAAAAAUUGAUCCGGAUUAUCAAAACGGGUAUAAGCCCGAUAAACUCACUGGCCUCAUAGAACUUCGCGAUAUUCAUUUUGCAUACCCAGCUAGGCCGAACGACAUGAUCUUUCAAGGGUUUUCAAUGAGAAUGGAAGCAGGGAAAUCAACGGCAUUAGUGGGCCAGAGUGGGUCUGGAAAGUCAACCAUCAUAGGAUUAAUUGAGAGAUUCUACGAUCCAUCAAAGGGGGUAGUGAGCAUAGAUGGGAGAAACAUAAAGUCAUACCACCUGAGGAGCCUUAGAGAACAAAUAGCAUUGGUGAGCCAAGAGCCGACAUUAUUUGCAGGCAGCAUGAAAGAGAACAUCGCAUAUGGAGCUAAGGAUAAGGUUGACGAAGCAGAGAUCAUAGAGGCAGCUAAGGUAGCAAAUGCACAUGAUUUCAUAUCAAGCUUGAGAGAUGGAUAUGAGACAUGGUGUGGGGAGAGAGGAGUACAAUUAUCAGGGGGCCAAAAGCAAAGAAUAGCAAUAGCAAGAGCAAUAAUGAAGAACCCUGGGGUGUUGCUACUAGACGAGGCAACAAGUGCACUGGAUAACCAAUCGGAGAGGGCAGUGCAAGAAGCACUAGAGCGUGUUAUGGUUGGGAGAACCAGUGUGGUGGUGGCACAUAGAUUGAGCACCGUUCAGAAGUGUGAUGUGAUAGCUGUCUUGGAAAAGGGAAAGGUGGUGGAGAAAGGCACACACUCGUCUUUGCUUGCCAAGGGACCAGGUGGGGCUUAUUAUGCUCUGCUUACUCUUCAAAGGAGGCACUCCAAUUCCAUUAACCAACCCAGUUGACAAAUAUGUGAUUGCAGAGAGGCUUUCGACACGAUUGUCUCUUUUCUUGUUCGCAUCUCAUGUGCUAAUGCCUAUUUCCUAAUACCUUGCAUCCUUUGCUUAAGUGUGUGAAUACAGGGAUGCGUGGCACAACUGUUUCUUUUUACCAUGAGUGUUUCGGAUAAUGCAUGAUUCCUUUAGAUUAUACAUUCCCAGAGAGAUGGUAUUCUUUCGUCUCUCCUACUUUUAUGUGUGCCUUUGACACGCACUUACAGCGCAACUGAGUGUUGUUUUGCCGUAACAAAAGAUUUGUGAUAUUCACUUCCUGCUGUAAUGAAUUGUUGAAGUAAGAUGGACAGAUAAGCAUGAAAUCACGCACA